AUGCCGCAGGACCUGAACUCUCCCAUCACUAUCCGGACCCGCAAGUUCAUUACCAACCGCCUGCUCCAGAGGAAGCAGAUGGCUCUGGAGGUAAUUCACCCCCAGCGCCCUAACUGCUCCCGGGCCGAGCUCCAGGAGAAGAUCGGUGAAAUGUACAAGGCCCCCAAGGAUCAGGUCUUUGUUUUCGGUCUCAGGACGCAAUUUGGCGGUGGCCGCUCCAAGGGCUUUGCUCUGAUUUACGACACCCCCGAGAGCACCAAGCUCGAGUGUGCUUUCCGCCUCGUUCGUAAUGGACUUAUGCCCAAGGUCGAGAAGCCCUCCCGCAAGCUCCGGAAGGAGCGCAAGAACCGUGCCAAGAAGGUCCGAGGUACCAAGAAGACCGCCGACAAGAAGAAGUAA